AUGGUGGUAAAGGUGUACGGCCCUGCCUACGCUUCCUCAAAACGGCUGAUGUUAUGCCUGGCUGAGAAAGGGAUAAAAUUUGAGCCUGUCCCUAUUGAUCUCUUCAAAGGAGAGCAUAAAACUCCUAAGUUCCUCGAGUUACAGGUUUUCUCUUUUAUAUCUAUUAUAAAACUGUUCGCUGACAUGGAAACGUUCUCAUGCAAUUACUCUUUAGAAUCACGGGCAAUCAUAAGAUACAAUGCAGAGAAGUACAAGUCUCAAGGAACUGAUCUCCUGGGAAAAACUAUAGAAGAAAGAGGAGUUGUGGAGCAGUGGGUGGAGAUUGAGGCACACAAUUAUCACCCACCAAUUUUGGACAUGACCAUGCAUAUUUUAUUUGCUUCAAAACUGGGAUUUACUCAAGAUGAAAAGUUGAUAAACGAAAAUGAAGAAAAGCUAGGAAAAGCUCUGGAUAUUUAUGAGAAGAGACUCUCAGAAAGCAAGUACUUAGGUGGAGAAUUCUUCAGCUUAGCCGAUCUUAGUUAAAUUCCAAUGACAGAAUACUUGGUAGGUCCAAUAGAGAGAGAGUAUAUGAUAAGAGACAGAAAGCAUGUGAGUAUUUGGUGGGAUGAGAUUAGUAACAGACC